UGUCCGCUAGUAGCUAGUAGGUAGCUCAAAGUUCGAAAAUCAUUGCAUCAGCAUAUCGGAAUCAACUUUCCAACCAUGGGCAAACAAUCCACGCUGGGCAAGUUUUUCGAGCUGCCGAAGGGCACCCCCGCUCCUCCGAAACAACAAGCAGAUCUCAAGAGCAUGUGGGCACCCAAGCCCGCCAAGAAGGAGGAGGCAUCGGGGAGUUCGAGUACUAGCAAGGUCAAGUCAGAUUCGUCGAGCGAUAAGAAGCCUUCGUUGAUCAAAAAGCGUCAUAUCGUUACGUCCGAGGACGAAGAGGGCGAGCAGACGGCCGGCUCUUCCAAGACGUCCAAAGAGCCCGAACAGAAGAAGGCCAGGAUCGGAGUGGGCGAGACGAUCGAGGAGAUGGCACAGGAUCUACAAGACAUCGCUGCAGAACAGCUCAAGGACAUCAAGCCAGCUCCGGCUUCCGGAACAGCCGAUUCUGGCGGAUCGUCCUCGGCAGAGAUUGCGAAGAGAUCCAAGAAGAACUCUCCACCCCCGACUUCUGCUGUUGCCACAAACAGCAAGGCGAAGCCACCCUCCAUUGCCGGAAAACCGACCAAUAAGGGAAAGGGCAAAGCGAAGAUCGACCCGGAUGAUGACGAAGAAGAAGAAGAGACACAUAACUUGGACGAGGACGUCAACAUGGAUUCUCCAGGAGAUGCCGAUGAAGGCGAAGAUGAUGAUCAGAAAGAAGAGGCCGACAAGAAGGAGAUGAAUGAGGCUGCUAUGAAGCUGGCUUCGACAUAUGCGGGGACGUUGGACAGCGUGACAAAAGAUGCAUCUCAGUGGAAGGAAGGCGCUCCAGUGCCAUACUCGGCUUUGACCGAUUGCUUUGAUCAGAUUGACCAAACCACCAAACGACUUCUCAUCUCGAAUUACCUCACUCAAUUCCUGCUCAAAGUUGCUAUGAAUCCUGGUCAGAAUGGAGAAGAUCUGAAACGUGUCGUGUACUUGUGCAUCAAUCGCCUUUGUCCGGAUUACAUGGGUAUUGAACUAGGAAUCGGAGAAUCGUUAAUCAUCAAAGCCAUUGCGCAGAGUACCGGAAGGAAGCCGGCCGAUAUCAAAGCCGACCUGUUGAAAGUGGGAGACCUGGGUUUAGUGGCAGAACAAUCUAAAGGAAGACAGAUGACGCUAGCAAAACCCAAACCGCUCACAGUUGCUUUCGUGUUCAAGACGCUGGAAGAUAUCGCCAAAACGACUGGAGCUCAAUCGCAAAAUCGGAAAGUUGGGUUCAUCCAGAAGAUCCUCACCUCAUGUCAGGGAUCAGAAACUCGUUUUAUCAUCCGAUCACUAGAAGGCAAACUUCGAAUCGGCUUGGCAGAGAAGACUCUGGUCACUGCUCUGGCGCAUGCGAUUGUUCUGAAAGAGUUUGGCAAGAUGAAAAAGAACGUCUCCCAGUCAGAUCUCGCAGAGAAGCUGGCGAGAGGGAAUGAGAUCGUCAAACAGGUUUACAGCGAAUUGCCAAACUACGAUAUAAUUGUGCCCGCCUUGCUCGCUCACGGUGUCGACGGCUUGCGAGCUGCAUGCAAACUGACUCCUGGCGUACCGCUGAAACCAAUGCUGGCUAAGCCGACCAAGGCCAUUGGAGAGGUUCUGGAUCGGUUCGAGGGCAAGGAGUUCACCUGUGAAUACAAGUACGACGGAGAGAGAGCCCAGGUCCACCUGCUGGAGAACGGGGAAAUCGUGGUGUUCAGUCGGAACAGUGAGAAUAUGAGCGCAAAAUAUCCUGAUUUGAUCGAGUCGGUACCGAAGUGGGUGGGACCAGAAGUUAAAUCUUUCGUAAUCGACAGCGAGGCCGUGGCAUACGAUUUGCAAACCAAGAAAUUGCUUCCCUUCCAAGACUUGAGUCGACGCAAGAGGAAAGACGUCAGGACCGAAGACAUCACUGUCAGGGUGCACGUUUUUGCUUUCGAUUUGCUGUACUUGAACGGCGAAUCUCUGUUGACGAAGGAAUUGAAGGAUCGACGGGCGCUUUUGCAAAAGCACUUCAAGCUCGUUGAAGGAGAGUUUGGCUUCGCGAAGAGCUCCGAUGGAAACUCGAGCGAUCAGAUCGCCGAAUUCCUGGACGAAAGCAUCAAGGACGGAUGUGAAGGAUUGAUGGUCAAGAGAUUGACUACGGGUGAUUCUACCUACGAACCGAGUCGAAGGUCGAUCAAUUGGUUGAAGCUCAAGAAGGAUUAUCUUAGCGGUGUCGGAGACAGCAUGGAUCUAUGUGUAGUUGGGGGAUAUUACGGCAAGGGUAAACGAACGAACGUCUAUGGGGCCUUGCUGUUGGCCUGCUUCGACGAGGACUCUGAGCAGUGGCAGACCGCAACGAAGAUCGGUACGGGAUUCUCGGAACAACAACUCGUGGAGCUAUACGAUCUCUUGAAGCCCCUCGAACUGACUGUGAAGAGGGGAGACGUUCUGGCGGAUCCCUCGAAGCCUCCCGAUGUAUGGUUCGAACCCAAGGUCGUCAUGGAAGUUUUGUGUGCCGAUCUCAGUCUGAGCCCCAUCUACAAGGCGGCCCAAGGUCUUCAGGGCGAGAAAGGAAUCAGUCUUCGAUUCCCUCGUUUCAUCAGACUUCGAGACGACAAGGACGCCGACGAUAUCACCAGCGCUGAACAGGUUUCCGAAUUUUACGAGAAUCAGGUCUUGGCUGGAGGCAAGAAGACUGAUGGAGGGGGUGGGGACGACUGGUAAAUUCCAGCUAUCAAAGACUGCCACCCGGUUCUUCACGUACAUCCAGCCGCCAGACUCUCUUUUCUUUUACGAUAGCCAGCACGAACAGGCUCAUGUCGCAUGUCGACCCUGUCAUUAUGCCAGAGCGAAAUACCAACGAGCGGCCUCGCGCGGUCCCGAAUGCCACGAGAAAGCGCAUCCGCGCUUCCCAAAUUAUCAAAGCUAGAUGGGAGACCUUGGCAGAGAUUAGAUCACUUUGAACGCCUCGAUGAUGGUCUACAAACUGCCUU